UUUUUUCUCCAUUCAAAAACUCUCUCAUAGUCUUUCUUGUAUAAAUAAAACCCACCACCCCCGUCAACUAAAAAAUAUUCAUUCAAGAUUUGUUUUGUCUAUUUUAUUCAUUUCUUAUUACUAUUAUUUUUCGUUUCUAUUGUUUUUUCUUUUAUUUUCUCACUUUGCUUGCCCUGUAAUUCAAAAAUCAAACUUGGAAAAAUUUGCCAAGAUUUGGGAUGAAAUCUGGUCGGAUCUUGCUUUGUGGGAUGUGGAUUUUGGUGGGUCUUAUUUCAAUACAAAGCUCUUCUUUCCUUUCUUUUCUUCUCCUCCUUCGCCUCCACCUUCACCUCCCAUAGCAAACACCAACCCAAACCCUGCAGAUAAAUCAAUAGCUUAGCAUAAAGCUUGUUCCUUUGCUAUCAAUCUCUUCGUCAGCCUUCUUGCUCUGGUAAUUUGCUCUGUUCUUGUAUCUUCAGCUGGUGCAAUGGGCAUGGCUACGGAGUCCCAGUUCCAUGUUUUAGCCGUUGAUGACAGUCUCAUAGAUAGAAAGCUAAUUGAGAGGCUCCUCAAAACCUCAUCCUAUCAAGUUACUACUGUUGAUUCUGGUAGUAAGGCUCUUGAGUUCCUUGGUUUGCAUGAGGAUGACCAAACAAAUCCAGAUGCACCUUCUGUUUGCCCAAGCAAUCAUCAUCAGGAAGUGGAAGUGAAUCUUAUUAUUACAGAUUACUGUAUGCCAGGCAUGACAGGCUAUGAUCUGCUCAAGAAAAUCAAAGAAUCCUCAUCUCUGAGAAACAUACCAGUUGUGAUUAUGUCAUCUGAGAAUGUGCCUUCAAGAAUCAGCAGAUGCUUGGAAGAAGGGGCGGAAGAAUUUUUCUUGAAGCCAGUGCAACUAGCAGAUGUGAUUAGGCUUAGACCUCAUAUGAUGAAAACCAAAUUCAGGGAUGAAAAACAAGAGCAACAAGAAAAGCAAAGAAUCCCAGAAGAAAAAUUAGACAAACAAGACAAAAAAUCAGAACUCCAGAAACUACAGCAAGACCAGCAGCGGCAACAACUGCAAAAACAUCAUCUAGAACAGCAGCUACCACAACAACCUCAACUGCAGCUACAGCAACAGCAGCAACCACCACCACCACCACCACCACCAACACCAACACCACAACAACAACAAGCCAAUAGUAACAAGAGGAAGACCAUGGAAGAGGGUCUUUCACCUGAUAGAACCAGACCCAGAUACAGUGGACUCGCUACUGUUGUUUGAUUGAUCAUGAAAAUAAAUUUUUUUUUCUUUUCCAUCUGAACAAUGUAAUUUUCAUAAACUUUUUUUUUUUUUUUUUCCUUCCUUCCUUAUAUAAAUUUCACUGCUGGGUAAUACUGGCUGGAUAGGAGUGUAGAGGGAGUUUUCUCAUGUAUACAUUUUACAUGGAAAUCUUUCAUUCAAAUUUUGUUUUGCUAAUUAAAUCACCUAGAAAAUGGAGGGGGGAGGUAAAGAACAUAUAUCAAAUAUGUGCGAUUUACUGGAUGUUGUAGAGCCAUAGAGUUGAGAUUUAGCGAAAGCUACAAAAUUUUAGUGUCUCUUUUUCCUUUA